AUGAGGACGGUAUUGUCGUGUAAAAAUCCUGCUUCCUUGGAGAAAGCUAUGGAUAUAUUGUUUGAAGACAAGGUUAAAGAAUAUAGUGGUGUGAAUAGGAAACAGGAUUAUCAAUAUAAUGAUAAUAGAACAAAUAACUAUCGCGAACCGAACAAUGACAAUCGACAAAAACAUUUCAGUAGUCAACGUGACUACCAAACUGAUAGACGAAAUAAUUACCAAUACCAAGGACAGAAUAACGGCUCUAACCAAACUGCACGGAAUCAGAGUUAUUAUAGAAGUGGUGGUCAAGAUCAACCACAAUCGCGAAGACUCUAUGAUGGUGGUGCACGGCAACCACAAUUGCGGAGAUUUCAUGGUGAUAAUGUGCAUCAAUCACAAUCGCAAAGGUUUUAUAAUGGAAAUACACAGGGACAAAGAUGGAAUCACAAUAAUAACCGUUAUAAUGGUGGUCAAAAUCCUCAACAACAAUUUGUGUCUGAAAAUUUUCUGGAGCCGGCCUCGGGGGCAGGUUACCAUUUUUAA